AUGACAACAACACCGAAGCACAACGAACAAGUCACACAACUCCCAGCAACACCGCCACAUAAUGUAUCGCAACACCAACAAGUAAAACGAAUAUUCUUCCGUACUACGCUCUUUCAAAUUCUGAUCGUCGGUCUGUGUGCCUUUUGUGCUCCUGGUAUCUGGAGCGCCAUGAACGGCCUGGGCGUGGGCGGCUCCCAAAGUCCGGACCUUGUAAACGCCGCCAAUGCCCUCCUCUACGCCUUCAUGACCGUAACGUGCUUCGCAGGCCCAUGGAUAACCAACAUCAUCGGCUUCCGCUACACAUUAGCGCUCGGCUCAAUCGGAUACCCCCUCUAUGCCGCAGGUCUCUACCUAAACAACCGCACCGGCGCAACCUGGCUGGUCUACCUAGGGUCCGUAAGCUGCGGCCUCAGCGCCGGCUUCUUCUGGAGUGUCGAAGGCGCCAUCGCAACAGGAUACCCGGAGCAACACAAACGAGGCCGAUACAUCGCUACGUGGUUCACCUUCCGGAACUUCGGAAACGUCAUCGGCGGCGCGAUCUCCCUGGGCAUCAACCACAACGUGAACCAACGGGGCCAAGUAGGCUACCAAACCUAUCUCGGCUUUAUCGCAAUCCAAUGUCUAGGAUUACCCGUUGGCCUUCUCCUCUCAGACCCCGAAAACGUCCAACGGGAUGAUGGCACCCGCAUCGAAGCACCCCGAAACAUAACCUGGCGAGCAGAGCUCUCCGCUAUGUGGCGUCUCGCCCGGAGUAAACCUAUCCUCCUUCUUAUCCCCUUGUUCUGGUACUUCGGCUGGAUCCAAGCAUACCCAGGAACAUACUUAGCAACUUAUUUCACCGUGCGCUCCCGCGCACUCGGUAGUUUUCUCUCCGCCAUCGUCGGCUCACUAGCCACCUGGCUUGGUGGCUCGCUCGUCGAUCUCCCCUGGCUUUCGAACCGGAAAACAAGAGCAAUAACAACGUAUCUCCUCAUUGCAAUGCUGAACACCACAACCUGGAUCUGGGCCGUGAUUAUCCAAGAUGAAUACCGACAUACGAAGCCCGUUCUCGACUGGGUGGAUCAGAAGGCCUUUGGCCGUGGGUUCGGGCUCUACUUGUUCGAGCGCAUUAGUCUGGGCAUCGUUGAGAAUUAUAUCUACUGGUGUAUUGGGAAUCUCGGGGAUAAACUUGGGGUUGUGGAUAGUAGCAUUACCGUUUAG